AAUCAACAUAUAUGCGGUCCUUAUUAUCCCUCGUCGGCAUCUGUCCAACUACAAAAGCAGCCAAAAAAAGUCUGCUGUUCACACCAUUAAACCCACCUCAAGAUCAAAGCAAACGAACAAACUUGUAAACCAAAACCCAAAAAGGAAAAGAGUCCAAAAAAUCACUACAGGAAAAAAGAGAUUAAAAUGGGUAUAGUAGAAGAGGCACACAACGUCAAGAUCCUUGGAACAGGAGAGCAAGUGAUAGUUCUGGCACAUGGAUUUGGCACUGAUCAGUCUGUCUGGAAACACCUCGUGCCUCAUCUUAUUGAUGAUUUUAAGGUCGUUUUGUUUGAUAAUAUGGGUGCUGGCACUACAAAUCCAGAUUACUUCGAUUUUGAGAGAUACGCUGGUCUUGAAGGGUAUGCUUAUGAUUUACUUGCCAUUUUAGAGGAAUUGCAAGUUGAAUCAUGUGUCUUUGUUGGGCAUUCUGUUUCUGCUAUGGUCGGUGUUGUUGCUUCCAUUAGUCGCCCUGAUCUCUUCACUAAAAUCGUUAUGAUCUCUGCUUCUCCAAGGUAUUUGAAUGACGUGGAUUAUUAUGGAGGAUUUGAGCAAGAAGAUUUAAACCAACUAUUUGAAGCUAUGGAAGCUAAUUAUAAGGCAUGGUGCUCAGGAUUCGCCCCACUAGCAGUCGGUGGCGACAUGGAUUCAGUGGCGGUACAAGAAUUUAGCCGCACCCUUUUCAACAUGAGACCGGACAUAGCUCUAAGUGUGGCACAAACCAUAUUCCAAAGUGACAUGAGGUCAAUUCUACAUAUGGUCUCAGUGCCUUGUCACAUUGUACAGAGCGGCAAGGAUUUGGCUGUCCCGGUGGUUGUCUCCGAAUAUUUGCAUCAAAACCUUGGCAGCGAGUCCAUCGCCGAGGUCAUGUCAACCGACGGUCACUUGCCUCAACUGAGCUCUCCAGAUGUCGUAAUUCCGGUGCUUCUGAGGCACAUUCGUCACAACAUUACUGCUUGAUCUUUUUGUAUGUCAUUUUUAAUUGGGUGAUUUAUGUUUACUUUUGUCUGAUUGAGUUAAGUCUUAAAAUAACUGUUCAGAUUGUUAUUUAGAAUUGUGGGGUUGGUGUGGCCAUAAGGUCGCCUGUAGCUGUGCUUGUCUUGUUAACUGUCUCGUAGAAUCUUACAACUGUCUUCUAGAAUUUUAGAAUCAAUAAGAUGUUCCACUGUGGGAAUGUAAAAUUGUAUUAAUUUUGGA